AAGCCUUUUGCGUCCUAGUCCGGUAAGUCGUUAUUUCGAAAAUCUAUUUUGGAGGACAGAAUAAGCUGAUCACUAUCUUUGAAACUAGGCUAAUGGAAUACUAUGACCUACGGUCAUGUUUCCUGCCCGACUUGUCAGGUCUACAUGUCCGCAUCUAUCAAUUCCGGGAGCUGCUCAAGCAGCAUUUACCCACAUUAUCGAACCAUCUUGAGGAGCUUCAGGUCGACCCGGCCUACGUUUCACAAUGGUUCCUCUCAUUUUUUGCAGUGACAUGCCCCUUGCCAAUGUUGUUUCGCAUCUACGAUGUAAUAUUUGCCGAAGGCGCUUCAGAAACAAUCAUGCGGGUAGCUUUGUCGCUUAUGCGAAAGAACCAGAGCCGCAUCUUGGCGUGUACGGAGAUGGAGGAUGUCAUGCAGCUCCUUUUAUCUCGUGGGCUGUGGGACUGUUAUCAUUACAAUGCCGACGAAUUCGUCGAUGAUUUCGUUAGCUUAUCUGGGGUCGUAUCGAGAGAGAAAUUAGCCCAACUAGAACAGGGGUAUCGCGAGGAAAAGAUCGCCAGUGCCAAUGCCGCGCGAACGGCCGAUGUUACCACAGCUGCUUCCCGAUUUUUGGGCCGCUUAUGGGCCACCAGCAUCUCCUCCCCGAAAUCUGGAACUCUUUCUCCCGGAUUUGCCGCACCUUUAAGACCCUUAAGCAUGUUACGCCGAAGUGCAUCGAAACAGAGCCUGGCUUCUACAUUGAAUUCGAUGGAAGCCAGCUCUUCUAGCGUCCUUAGUUCGACAUCCACCGACGCUACUACCAUCUCUCGCGAUUCCACUUCAAAUGCCGACGACUCGUCAAUUCGCGAAUCAACGCCAGUCGUCGCGAAACAACAUUCGAGUCGUAACGCCGCCGACAGGAACCUGCACACGCAAAUUGAAGAUCUUCUUACCGCCCUCAGCGAACUGCAACGAAACCAUGCGCUAUUGGCCACACAGCUCCAACAAGAAAGGGAAGAAAGAGAUGCAGACAAGAAGGCCGUAAGGUCGUUACUAGAUGGAUUGAAGAAGGACAGGGCCAACAAUGGUGCUACCAAAACAACAGAGGAUAAUCAAGAUGCCAAUGCCAAAGCAGAAGAUGAAAAUGAGGAAGGAGAGACUCCUGCCCGGAGUCGGUUAUCGGUACUGCUAGAGGCAGUCGAGUGCCGCUUUUGCGAUGAUGAAGGACGCGAGCGAUCUGAGUCGUCAGUACUGACUAAGAGCCAACUCCGCGAGGAAUUAGCCAGAGCCAAGGAAAACCUCAAGAUCGAGAUGUCUAAAUCUAUAGACUUCAAUCGGCGCAUCGAAGAACUUGGACAGGAAGCAAACACCUUACGAGAACAGCUUCGUGAAAGUCACGCUCAUGUCCGAAACCUCCACCAGGACAAGCAACGUCUUGAGAGACAGGUCCAUACUAUGCGUGUGCGAGCUUCAUCUGAGACAGGCGGGUCGGAAUCUGGAGGGUGGUUCUCGUCGGGGAGUAGCCUGACUGCCAACAACGCCUAUAACGGGGCCAACCGUGGUCUCCGGGAGUUAAAGCUUGGACGUAGCAAGUCAACACCCAACACGCAGUCGGCCUUUGGUCAGCGUUCCGGGUCGCUAGUAAGGACGCAAACGGAGCCAGUCACACCGGGCGAGCAUGAUGCGCUCGUUCUAGAGCUGAUACAAGCCAAGACUGCCGAAGCAGUGGCUCGUCAGGAAGCCGACGAGUACAAACAGAAGCUCGAAAGCCUGCGAAAGGCUUACGGACUUGGUCCAAGCGAUGCCCCCAACGCAACGGCAGCUUCGACUGCGAUGGGGAUGAUUGGACGGUUCACGGCUACAGUCUCCGAAGCAGGCAAUGGUGCUAAGAGUACUCCUACACCCACACCACCUGCUACUAAUGGUGGCGGUUUCUGGGGUUGGCGACGAUAAAUAUCGUUCCCUACUAUGUUUGACGGUGGUGCUGGAAUAAAUAGCGGACGGUCCUGCGCGGUGGAGGUUUUUUUUGGGAUCAAGCUCUUCUCAGAUCAGAAGCGAGCGAGCAUUGUUGGGAAGGGCGGAAAGAAGAUUUGCAUUUCUAUGUCGAUUUCAUCGGAACAGAUUACAUCUCCAGGGCGGCGGAUCAUUAUGUUUUAUCUCAGUUACCAUAAUAACUUUAUGCCAACCCGGUGUAUAUAGACGGGGGAUUUGGCUGGGUGGCUUCUUUUUUUUUUUUUUUCCUUUGCCGAUGGACAUUUGCUUAGCUUGAGAAAGGUAUACGCGAGCUUAGAAUACGUACACCGCGCAAGGCCGAAGAGUGGCAGCUUGGAAAGGCAUGUUGCGGAUUGCUUUUGCUUUUAUGGCUAAACAGCAUAGAAGAGUUCCACGAUAUCCAAAUAUAGCAUUGCCAACCCGUCACCCAUGGAGACUUUCAAACUUUGCAUCAACUAGUUUCUACUGAUAGCAUAUAGUAGUAUUCAGAUGUGGGAUCGUGAAUAACCUACCUAAUCUAUUUACCACAUUUAGUUUAUUACCAUGUAGGUAGGUACCUAAACUUAGGUAUUAUAUCAGAGAGCCUACCUAAGGCAGCAAGUUUAUAGUAGUAAUGACGAGGUCGAAGGUGAGCAUGAUCUUGAGGCCAUGAUGACUGCUCAUGAUAUAGAAUGCGUCAUUCGGGGAUCCAUCAGUUUAGAAGAUCUG